GCCUCUUGUCCCGCCCCCUCUCCUUUCUCCCCGGCUGCCUCCGUCAGCCGCUCCGCUCUCGUCGCAGCCAUUUUACGGUGGAGCGUCAGCGCGGCGGCGACCGGAGGAUGCCAAGACAGCGCGGUUAAGAGGUAAUUCCGCCUCGGGCCCUCUCUUUUCCCCGUCGUUUGGUCGACCUUCACACGUCCCGCUGGCUACGUCGGCCGUAGCAAGCGGCAGGACGGGGCCGACGGGGCUGGUUGGCUGGCCGGAGCCACACCACCGUCGCGGCCGCUCGCCACGGAGGGAAGCUUGACGCCCGCAAGUCUGUAAAAAAGAAAAGCGACGCCCUUCGCCCAAGCUGUCAAAGUUUUUUGCGAGGCUGUCAGCGUGGAGCGGGAUUUCUAAAAUGGCUGAUGCAGCGCGAGGUCCUGCGGUCGGCCGUCCGUUGGAAUUUGCCAACGAGGAGCAGCGGGCAGUUCACUCCUGGUCCAGGAUUGCGUCAGCCGGCCAUACUGUCCUCCUGGAGGCAGUGAAGAUCCUCAGCCCCAUGUCCCGGGAUCUCUCCCACACUGAAGAGCUGGUCACCUUCCUGCAGGAGCUGAGCGAGGAGGGCCACAAGCCCACCGUGCUGCGUAGCAAGGAUGUGUACAGGUACCGCUCAUCCACAAACCAGCCCCUGACUGAGGACAUGCUCAAGCCGCCCAGCCGGAAUGUCAGACCGACGGCCAAGAAGCGGCGAAGGGUUCGUGUUAAGAAAAGAGAGGUACAUCCUUCCUGGAACGUCUUGCGAAGGGGGAACCCCAGAAUCCAGGGGGUUCGACCCCCUGAGCUACUGAUGGACCACCAUGCUAUUGUCUACAAUAAGACACCCAUUCGGACUUCGGAGAUCUCUGAGGCACCCCCGGUGCAGUCGUGCCUCAGACUGACUAAUAUCAAAGGUCUGUCUGGUUGCCACACAGCCAGACUCCAGAUCCAAACCACAUGGGACUUGCCUUGUAAGACGCCCCCAGCCGUCUUUUUGCAGAAGCAGCCCCCUCCAGCACUUUCAGGAAUACCGUUGCAGCCUUCCCAGAAUGGUGGUGGGGCGCCCACCAGAGCCGUGGCCUUGUUCAGCCAGAAGAGCCUGUCGUGCCCCGUCCGCCUGGAUGACGCCCUCAUCGGUGACUCUGCACCGGUAUUCCACGCCAACGGCCGAGCUUUCCCACAGACUCACACAGAGCUCACCAGCAACGGCUGGGGCGGCAAUGGCCUCCGCCAGAAUGGACUAGGCCCGAAAGAACUGACUCAUUCGACCCGGCAGAGAAACCGCUGGCGAGACAAGAAGCGCUUACGGUCGAAGGUCGUGAAGGUGGACGACUCCCGCUCAGUGGAUGAAGCUCGAUGGAAAGCGCAGAAAAUCCUGCAGGUCAACCUUUCUCCCGUGAUCCAGAUCCGCCCGCUCAACCACGUGCUGAGAGACUUUCGAUACCAGAACUGAAACCCGGACAGUCCCUCCGAGCAUACGCAUUGUUUUAUUAGUUAGUGUCUUACAUCUAUCUUUUCUACCCAGAUACCCGUAUGCAGCAGAAUUGUUUCAUGGUUUUCAUUUUCGGUAUCUGAGGUGGGGCAGGUCGGCCUGAAAGUUGGGAUUCCUCGAAAGGCAUUAUAAGUAGGGAGUUGCUUUUCCUAGCGGGCUGGGAAAUUACUUUCCGCUGUAUGCUGCCACAUUUUCUCCCUCCGCAUAAUUCUGUAUUUCCAAGAGAGUUUUCACUUUGAAUGCCAUUUUUCAUGGUCUUUAUAUUUUUAAAGCACCGUUAUCUCUAUAGUAUUCCCAUACCCAGUUGAAGAAUACCACCAUUCGGUUUAAGGACGGACGUUGACACUGUGCUUACGUAACGACUUGAGAACAAAGACGUUGUGGAAGGUCUCCAAUAAAACAAAUAUCCUAAAUCCAAGGAAAACGUGAGUUGGUCUUCCUUUUUUUUUUUUGUGUCGUUGCUAGGCGAUAAAGGAAGGCAUCAGGAUCGACUUGAGCAAUAGUUUGUUGGCUGAUCGGGUUGAAGCGUUGUCCUUCACAAAGUGUUCCUUUUUAAUUCGACACGGAAACAGACACUGUAGGUAGUAGUAUUUCAGACUGGAUGGUAGUAGAAUCCGUGUGUGGUCCAUUGCAACAAACAACUGCAGAGCUGGAAAGCCAGGGUUGGUCCUUGGAUCGAUCCAUCAGAUUCUCAAUAGUGUAAGUAUUUUAAAUAGCAUUUUUUUUCCCAAACUUGAGCUGCGAACUGUAACAUUAAGGCGUAAAUUUGACCAACGCUGCAGUAGGGCAUCUUUUCCUAGAUUCCACAACAAACUAUUUGGAUCGAAGUCGGAACAAAAACCCACCAAGUCUUGUGAUCCUGUUGAAAUGCACGGAUGUUUCAUUGUUUCCCGUUUUUGAUGGUGCUCACUGUUCAACGAUGGUGCUGAUUCAAACAAUUUGCUUCAGAAGUCGAGAUAGAUCUGAAACAUUCACAAGCAGAAACUCCCCGAUUCAACCAAACACAACACUACUGUUCCAAGAGGGAACCAAAAAAAAAACCCAUCAUAUUAAGAUUUUACCAUUUCUGUAAAAUCUUAAUACCACAGUUUUUUUGUUGGUAUUUUUAAGAUGUUGGCCUACAGGAAUGUUACAUGCUUCUCAUAGAACAACACUUAAAACCUCAAAAUGCUGUACGUGUUAUUUCACAUUUAAAACUGGAGGUGCAAAAGGUAUUAAACAUUUUUGCAAGAUUUUUAAAAAAAAUCUUUAUGCUAUAAUUUAUCAAAUGUAAAGAUUCCUCCUGACCGAACCAAUAUAAUUUUCCCCCUUUUUUUUUUUUUUUUUUUUUAAAUUCCCAUUAAAGUUGGCAGUGUUUUGUAAGGGUCUGUUUUGCGCAGCACACACAAAAUUCUAUUGUUCUUUUUUUUUUUUUAUCAUUGUUCAUCUUGUUUGUGAAACGUGUAAAAAAAGAAAUUCCUACGUGAGCUUUGAAAAAGUUUUUUGUUCAAUAAAACUUUUGAAAACCA